CGUCACGGCGUACAUCAGGUCUCAGCCAAUCCGCGCUAGGUCUGCGGUGCGGCGCUCACAGGAACGAUGCAGAGUGGAGGGGUCGGCGUCAAGCCAUGCACUUAAAUAACUUACCCACAUCCAGCAGUUAAGUGCACAGUCAACAAUGCCUGUUACAUCUCAGCUGCUCAGGGGUCUGCCCCGUGCCAAGGUCUUUGCCUCCGGUCUUGCACCAUGCCAACAUCACCAGGCUCAUUUUUUUCCCGUCACUCACUGGCCCACGUCAAGACAAACGUCCCUCGUCUUGGAAAGACGACAGCCAUCUAGAAGCUACCAAUCGUCCUCAGUGCUGUGCAGCUACAACCUCACACCUCCUCAGGUCAAUUCCAUUCUGAAAGCCAAUGAAUACAGCUUUAAGGUUCCUGAGUUUGAUGGGAAAAACGUAUCAUCAGUUCUGGGCUUUGAAAGCAAUCAGCUUCCAGCUAAUGCUCCUAUCGAAGAUCGACGGAGCGCAGCGACGUGCCUGCAGACCCGAGGAAUGCUGCUGGGUGUGUUUGAUGGUCACGCAGGUUGUGCUUGUGCUCAGGCGCUGUGUGAGCGGUUGUUUUACUACAUUGCAGUUUCCCUGCUUCCCCACGACACCUUGUGUGAGCUGGAGGCUGCGGUGGAGGCGGGGAGGCCUCUCAGUCCCAUUCUACAGUGGCACAAACAUCCCAAUGACUAUUUCAGCCGAGAGGCUCAGAAACUUUAUUUUAACAGCCUUCGAACAUACUGGCAGGAAUUAAUAGAUCUUACCAGCCCAGGAGAGAUUCCAGAAACCCGGGAGGCGCUGCUCAGUGCCUUCAAGAGGCUGGACAACGACAUUUCACUGGAGGCUCAGGUUGGAGACCCAAAUGCUUUCCUUCACUACUGGGUUCUGAGAGUGGCCUUCUCCGGGGCGACAGCUUGUGUGGCUCACAUUGACGGGCGAGACCUCUUCAUAGCUAAUGCAGGAGAUGCUCGGGCGGUGCUGGGAGUGCAGGAGGAGGACGGCUCCUUCACUGCUCACACCCUCUCCAACGACCACAGCGCCCAGAAUGAGAGCGAGGUCGCUCGCAUACGAAGUGAACACCCGCCAUCGGAAAGGAAGACGGUCAUACGUCAGGAUCGACUGUUAGGCCUUCUCAUGCCUUUCCGUGCGUUUGGUGACGUGAAGUUCAAGUGGAGUAUCGAGCUGCAGAAGCGAGUGCUGGAGUCUGGACCCGAUCAGCUCCACGAAAACGAGCACACAAAGUUUAUCCCCCCCAACUAUCACACACCCCCGUACCUGACUGCCGAGCCAGAGAUCACGCAUCACAGACUUCGACCACAGGAUCGAUUUAUGGUAAUCGGCUCAGACGGCCUGUGGGAGACCCUCCACAGGCAGGAGGUGGUUCGCAUCGUGGGGGAGUACUUAACAGGAGUGCAUCAGUGUCAGCCCCUCAAAGUGGGCGGCUACAAAGUCACUCUGGGACAAAUGCAAGGGCUACUGGAGGAACGAAAGACCCGAAUGUCGUCGGCCUUUGAGGAUCAGAACUCUGCGACCCACUUGAUACGCCACGCGGUGGGAAACAACGAGUUUGGUACCGUGGACCACGAGAGGCUGUCGAAAAUGCUGUCACUCCCAGAGGAGCUGGCUCGCAUGUACCGCGACGACAUCACCAUCAUCAUCACUCAGUUCAACCCUCACGUGAUCGGAGCGCAGAGGCAGGAAGGGCAGUCCUGAGCUGGACACGUUCACACACACACUGCAGCACUGUGCUGACAGUUCAGCGGACAAGCAAAGGUCAUAUGAUACUCUGAGAUGAAGUUUUAACACUUUUAAUAUAAAAAUGUAUCUUUUUUUUAAUUAAGAGAUCUGUUAAAACUGGAUCUCAAUAAUAAAAAAGAGCUAAAGGUUAUUUAUGUUGCCAGUUUUGCCUGGCAACUAUUAUCACUUUUCAUUGUUGCUGAUAUCAUUGUUACAUUUUUUUAAAGCUAAAUAUUUUGUUUUGUUUUUUUUAAAGACUCAACUGGAUUGAAGUUACAAAAAUCCACUCUAAGAAAUAAGAUUUUGUCAUGGAAUUAAGGACAGGCUUCACAUUAUUAUUUUUUUUUUUGUAGUGUCUACCACAGGUCUUCAUUUUUGGGGGAUUUCUGUGCUCCAUUACCAAUUGUUACAAAAAACACUUUAAAUCACGUGAUUUAUGAGGUUACAACAUAUUUAUUUUGAGGCAUCACACGCACAAAUGUUUGCAAGUUGAGUCACUAUUAUUUUUUUAUUUUAAAGCUGCUUUCAGAAAGAUGUUUUAAUUAAAUGAUUCCUGGAUUGGUUUUCCACUUGCAGAAGCCUUAUGGAAGUGAGUUAUUGCUCUUUUCUGCGUUAUGCAACACUGCGUUGCUUCCGCUGAGGUUCACCGCUGCUACUUUUCCAAAUGUUUUGAAGGUUAAAAGAGAGAGUCAUCAGUUUUCCUGACAAGUCUUUUGCUUGUUGUUUCUUUUGGCUUGGGAUUUGGUUUUUUGUACACGGCGGUGGUUCAAUACCAUUUUAAUUUUGACGCUCAGCAGUUACUUGUAAAUCACAAGGUCGUGACUAUUAAAGGGUAUUUUACGGCGGGUGUGUAUUUGAAGAAAGUUGUUUUAGCUUUGGAUAUUAAUUAAUUUUAGGUUCUAUGUUAUACAUCUCCUUGUAUAUAUAAAUAAAUGAAUGAAUAAAACAUUUAACAAGCA